GUAGUCCCCGUCACCGCCUCCGGGGCCGGGAAGCGAUGUAGGUAGGACCCGCCAGACGGUCCCCAGUCCUCCCUAGCCCGAGCCCCGCGGCCUGCCGCCGCCGCCACCGCCGCCGCCGCCAUGAAGAAGCAAUUCAACCGCAUGAAGCAGCUGGCCAACCAGACCGUCGGCAGAGCUGAGAAGACAGAAGUCCUCAGUGAAGAUCUGCUACAGAUUGAACGUCGCCUGGACACUGUGCGGUCAAUGUGCCACCAUUCACAUAAGCGUCUGAUAGCCUGCUUCCAAGGUCAGCAUGGCACCGACGCCGAAAGGAGACAUAAAAAGCUUCCUCUGACAGCUCUCGCCCAGAACAUGCAGGAGGCUUCAGCCCAGCUAGAAGAGUCUCUCUUGGGGAAGAUGCUGGAAACCUGUGGGGAUGCUGAGAAUCAGCUGGCUCUUGAACUCUCACAGCACGAAGUCUUUGUGGAGAAGGAGAUCAUGGACCCUCUCUAUGGCAUAGCAGAGGUGGAGAUUCCCAACAUCCAAAAGCAGAGGAAGCAGCUUGCUAAAUUAGUGUUGGACUGGGAUUCAGUCAGAGCGAGAUGGAACCAAGCACACAAGUCUUCAGGAACCAACUUUCAGGGGCUUCCAUCCAAAAUAGAUACCCUAAAGGAAGAGAUGGAUGAAGCUGGGAAUAAAGUCGAACAGUGCAAGGAUCAACUUGCAGCAGACAUGUACAACUUCAUGGCCAAAGAAGGGGAGUACGGCAAGUUCUUUGUAACGUUAUUAGAAGCCCAAGCAGAUUACCAUAGAAAAGCAUUAGCAGUCUUAGAAAAGGCCCUUCCCGAAAUGCGCGCCCAUCAAGAUAAGUGGGCAGAGAAGCCAGCCUUCGGUACACCUCUGGAGGAGCACCUGAAGAGGAGUGGGCGUGAGAUCGCUCUCCCUAUUGAGGCCUGCGUCAUGUUGUUGCUGGAGACUGGAAUGAAGGAGGAGGGCCUUUUUCGGAUCGGAGCUGGAGCCUCCAAGUUGAAGAAGCUGAAAGCUGCUCUCGACUGCUCCACAUCUCACCUGGAUGAGUUCUAUUCAGAUCCCCAUGCUGUCGCAGGUGCUUUAAAGUCCUAUUUGCGGGAAUUACCUGAGCCCUUAAUGACUUUCAGUCUGUAUGAAGAAUGGACACAAGUUGCAAGUGUGCAGGAUCAAGACAAAAAACUUCAAUAUUUAUGGACAACAUGUCAGAAGUUGCCGCCACAAAAUUUUGUUAACUUUAGGUAUUUAAUCAAGUUCCUUGCAAAGCUUGCCCAGACCAGUGACAUUAAUAAAAUGACUCCUAGCAACAUAGCCAUUGUGCUGGGCCCUAACCUUCUGUGGGCCAAACAAGAAGGAACGCUGGCUGAAAUAGCGGCUGCCACAUCGGUCCACGUGGUCGCAGUGAUUGAGCCCAUCAUCCAGCAUGCAGAUUGGUUCUUCCCCGGAGAGGUAGAAUUCAAUGUAUCAGAAGCAUUUGUGCCUCUUGCUACCCCGAAUUCUAAUCACUCAUCCCAUACCGGAAAUGACUCUGACUUGGGAACUCUGGAGAGGAAGCGACCUGCCAGCAUGGCAGUGAUGGAAGGGGACUUGGUGAAGAAGGAGAGCUUUGGUGUGAAGCUUAUGGACUUCCAGGCCCACCGGAGGGGUGGCACUCUAAAUAGAAAGCACAUAUCCCCCGCUUUCCAGCCUCCACUCCCGCCCACGGAUGGCACCGCCUUGGCUCCAGCAGGCCCAGAGCCCCCUUCUCAGAGCUCUAGGGCUGACAGCAGCUCAGGGGGUGGGCCUGCCCCCUCUUCUGCGGGCAUAUUGGAGCAGGGGUUGAGCCCAGGUGACAGCAGUCCUCCAAAACCCAAAGACUCUGUGUCUGCAGCUACCCCUGCAGCAGGAAGAAACAGCAACCAGACAACCACGGUCCCAAACCAGGCCCAGACAGGUGGCAACUCCCAUCAGCUCUCAGUAGGCACACCUCACAGUGCAGCUGGUCCCAGCCCACACACUCUGCGUCGAGCUGUGAAGAAACCUGCCCCGGCACCCCCCAAACCAGGAAACCCACCUCCUGGCCAACCUGGAGGACAGAGCUCUCCAGGCACAGGCACAUCCCCAAAGCCAAGCGCCCGAAGCCCAUCACCACCUCAGCAGCCACAGCAGCAGCAGCAGCAGACCCCAGGCAUGCGCCGCUGCUCCAGCAGCCUUCCUCCCAUCCAGGCGCCCAGCCACCCACCACCACAGCCACCCACACAGCCUCGGUUGGGUGAACAGGGACCAGAGCCGGGCCCCACGCCACCUCAAACCCCCACACCACCUAGCACCCCACCCCUGGCGAAGCAGAAUCCAUCACAGAGUGAGACCACACAGCUGCAAGGAACCCUCCCAAGGCCACGGCCAGUGCCCAAACCCCGCAACCGGCCUAGUGUGCCACCACCCCCAAAUCCUCCUGGAACCCACAUGGGGGAUGGUGGCCUCACACCCUCAGUGCCCACAUCCUCCAGAAUUGUCACUGAUGCCCUUCCCGGUGCCCUCACAGGUGGGGAAGGUUUCCAGAACUAAGACACCAAUUCUAGGGUUUCUGAAUCAAUUCGAAACAUGUUUCCUGAAAUACAUUCAGACUUGGCAAGCAAAGAAGUGCCUGGCCACAUCCUGCUGGACAUAGACAAUGACACAGAAAGUACUGCAUUGUGAAGAAAGCCACUUGCCAGCCUUUGGCCCUCCAUCCCAGUGAGCGGAACUGGGUCAGGCAAGCCUCUGUCUCUGUAGACCAAACAGUGAAAAGCUUUCAGUGGGGGAAGGAAGGUCUGACCACGAAGGACUAGACUCCCACGGCCCAAGGAGAAGGUGAUGGCCGAUCCUCAAAGCUGAAUGACCUGAGUCGUAAAGAAGUUGGCUUGCUUUAUCUAGGAUGAAAAUCAUGCCAAAAAUGAUCAGGACAAAGAAAUACCUACAGCAGAAAGAGUACACUGCCGAGAAAUGUAUGGGAAGCCUUUGCCAGUGCUGUGACAGCGCUGGGAGUGACUCAGAAGAGACUUACCUGUCUAUUUAAUAAAACAUUCAUUAUGCAAGUUGCCUACUUCCUGCUACCUGGACUUCGGUUCUCAUGUACCAGAGGGAGCUUCCGUUCCUUCAGACUUGCUGCAGAAUCAUUUUGUAUUAAAUACAGUCUGUCUCCUCCAACCCCUAGAAUCUAGAGCAUUGUUGGCGACUGCUGGCUCUGUCGCCUCAUCAGAAUAGAUGUCAGUCGUGCCUUGUGGAUCGCCAGAAUAUGGAGAGAAGUAUACCAUUCUUUUUUAAAAAAACAAAACAAAACUAUAAUUGCUACUUGAUAAAGAGCGAAUGUUAUUCUAGUUUCAUGUUUAAUUUGAAUUAAAUAUAUUCUGUGGUUUAUAUGAAAA